CACAGAAACACACGCGCGUACGUACGCACACACGCACACACACACACACACCAAUGCUCACCCUCUCCCUGGUACAGCAAUGAACAAUAGAACAAUGGCACCCUUCUCCAGCGCCUCUUGGCAUCUGUGUGCCACAGCCGAAGUACACACGUAAUGCUGCACACAGGAGAAGAUGAGCGAGCAGAGACGAUCAGCAGCAAGCUCCAAUCAGCCAAAGUCCAUCUGGAAAAAGAGGGCGAAAAGAGAAUGGAAACCUCUGGAGGACCGAAGCUGCACAGAUCUGCCCUGGUUCCUCUUAUUCAUGCUCUUCUGUGGAGGAAUGGGAGCUAUCUGUGGCUACACUAUAGUAACAGGAGGUGCAUCACGUCUGGUUUUUGGAUAUGACAGCUACGGCAACACUUGUGGUCAGCGCAAUGAGGCCAUCGAAGGAAUCAGGCUCAGCGGCUUGGACCACACAGACAAAAAAUAUGUGUUCUUCCUGGACCCAUGCAACUUAGACAUCAUUCAGAGGAGGAUCAAGUCAAUGGCACUCUGUGUGUCACAAUGUCCUACUGAAGAGAUGAAAACUUACGAAGAUCUACGCAGAUUUGCCAUGAACAAUAACUCAGAGCUGUGCUCUUAUGAGCUGGCUGGCCAUAGGUACCCAAGCCUUCCUGAGCGUUUUGACAAAUGUCCUAAACUUCCAGUUCCACAGAGUAAAGCUUUGCCAGUGUUUAACCGCUGCACGCCUGUGGACAUUUCCUGCUAUUCCAAGUUUGCUGAGGCGGUGGUGACGUUUGUCAGUGAUAAUACCAUCCUCCACAGGCUGAUUGCUGGGGUGGUGGCCAGUAAAGAGAUCAUUGCGGGGCUUUGUUUGCUAGCACUGGUGCUUUCCAUGAUCCUGAUGGUGAUUAUUCGCUACAUCUCUGCUGUACUGGUGUGGAUUCUGACUGUACUCGUGGUACUGGGCUCUCUAGGUGGCACCAGUGUUCUGUGGUGGUUAUAUAUAGACCACAGGCUGACGAUGAACCAGACUGUGGCUAUAGAUUUGAAGGAAGCAGAAACAGAUGGAGAAACUGAGAUUCCCAGAGACCACUUGCAAGGCCUGCUGGUCUACGCCACAUCAGCUACUGUGUUCACGGUGAUCUUGUUGUUGCUGAUGCUGUUCAUGAGGAAGCGAGUGGCUUUAACCAUUGCGCUUUUCCAUGUGGCCGGUAAGGUGUUCAUUCACCUGCCUCUGCUGGUGCUGCAGCCGUUCUGCACCUUCCUUGCUCUCUUCCUCUUUUGGGUUUACUGGAUCCUAGUGCUUCUCUUUCUCGGAACCACUGGGAAUCCAGAGAAGAACGAGCAGACAGGGCUGACUGAGUUCAAGCUAAACGAUGCACUGCAGUACCUCACCUGGUACCACGCUGUGGGUCUCAUCUGGAUCAGUGAAUUCAUCCUGGCCUGUCAACAGAUGACUGUAGCUGGAGCUGUAGUCACCUACUACUUCACCAGGGACAAAUCCAGACUCCCUUUGACACCUAUCUUAUCAUCAGUGCUGCGUUUGAUUCGUUACCACCUGGGCACUGUGGCCAAGGGCUCCUUCAUUAUCACCCUGGUCAAGAUCCCUCGCCUCAUUCUCAUCUAUGUCCGGAAUCAGCUCAAAGGAAAGGAGAAUGCAUGUGCACGCUGCAUGCUGAAGGCGUGUAUUUGCUGCCUGUGGUGUUUGGAGAAGUGCCUCAACUUUCUAAACCAGAACGCAUAUGCAGCAACAGCCAUCAAUAGCACCAGUUUCUGCACAUCAGCGCGUGAUGCCUUCAUAAUCCUGGUGGAGAACGCCUUGAGGGUGGCAGCCAUCAACACCGUGGGAGACUUUGUGCUUUUUCUGGGCAAAAUCCUGAUUGUGACAUGCACGGCAUUUGCAGGGGUACUGGCCCUGAACUAUCAGAGGGACUACACUGAGUGGGUGCUGCCACUCAUCAUUGUGUGCCUGUUCGCCUUCUUGGUGGCGCACUGUUUCCUGUCCAUCUUUGAGAUUGUGGUGGACGUGCUGUUUCUCUGUUUCGCCAUCGACACCAAAUACAAUGACGGCGCUCUCGGCAGGGAGUUCUACAUGGACAAGGCUCUCAUGGAGUUUGUAGAGAACAGCAGGAAGUCAGUGGCACCGGCAGAAAGAGGACGGUCACGCAGCAGGCGAACUCGCUCUCGUGAGGAGACGGGACUGACUGAGAUAAAGGCCAUGGCUCCUGGAACAAGUUCAGCUUGACCAAAAGCCGGCCUUGGGACUUUAAAAAAAAGACAUUCCAAAAUGUUUAUUUUUACCAAUGUGUAACAUGUUUACUAUGGUUUUACUCCAGGGAAUACAAUAUUUUAAUAAGAAACUGUAAAAAAAAAAAGAAAUAACAAUGUAAUGAAGCACUUUAUAUUGAAGCGCUGCAUAUUUUAAAAGGCUGAUGCAUUUUUCGUAGUGAUGUCCUUUUUUAUAAGACUAAAACAAUUGCCAUCUAGUAAACCGCAGUAUUAUUAAUAAUGUCUAGAAUCACUCUUUUUAUGUAAUACUUUCAUAACAAACUUUUGUUCUUUUUUCUUGAAUGUGUUUAUCUGUCUUUAUUAGAAACCUUUCUGUCAUGCAGCGUUGAAGGACUUAAUCUUUUUGUUAUUGAUUUAUGUCCUACACUGAAGGACUACUCAUUAUUUGCUCUUUAUUGAUAUAGUAUUCAGCUCUGUUGCAUUAUAAAAGUAACCUGUAUUAGAGGCUGGCUUAGGUUGUUAAUUUUGUUUCAUGCCUCAAAGUUAAGGGUCAAUUUUCCACAAAGAUUCAUUUGAAAUAAUAGUUCCACGUGGAUUAGAUUAGUUCGUGAGGAAGAAGUACGUAAUGUAAAGCUGUGUUUUAUUAUUCAGGCCAGUGACUGAUGUUCUGCUAUGAUUACUGAUGAAAAAUUUAUAUAUUUACUGAAAAAUAUAUGCUUGCAGGUUUACUAGCCAUUUCUUUGGAAGGUUAAGUGUACAAAAUGAGAAAAAUACCCAACUGAAGCACUUGAAACUUCCAAUUUACAUUAGCAUGUAAAAUCGACAUAGUUAGACUAGAAGUGGGGAUAUUAGCCAGAAAUGGUCCAUUAUUUGUUAUUCAGUUUUUUUUUUUUUUUUAUCUUUGUUAAUAAAGUCUAGCCUUCCUGAUUCA